GUUCCCACCUUCCAAGUCGAGACACCUGGAAUGAGCAGGUUUCUUUCGUUGAAAACACGCCAAUUGUCGCCGACUUGCACAAGCAGAUCAGAUUGGGAAGAGCAACUUGAGAAGAAGAGACACCAUGAUUCCUCUCACAAAGCGAGCCGCUGCCGCUGCGUUGCUGCUGUCCGGUGUCACAGCACAGGAUACCACCACGAUUGCUACGGCUAUCGGCUCAGUCCCAUCGGCAUGUGCAACGCUGACGCCGGCUUACUCGCCGCCCGUCGUGGCAAAGGGGUGGAAGGCCCAGUUGAUUGCCACGGGUCUCACCAGGCCCCGCGGCAUCAAGUCCGACUCGAAUGGCGGACUGCUCGUGGUUGAGCAAGGCGUCGGCCUGACGCACCUGACGCUCAACGACAAGGGCGGUACCUGUGUGUCUGUCGCGAAGAACGUCUCCGUCAUCGAGGACUCAAAGGUAGGCAACAUACAACUCAACCAUGGCCUCGAGUUGUCGGAGGACGGCAGAACGCUCUACGUCUCCUCGUCUGAGUACGUCGACCGCUACCAUUAUGACCCCGACACCGCCGUCGUGGGCGAGCGCACCCGCUUGGUAGCCAACAUGACCAACCCGGGCGGUGGCCACUCCACUCGCACUCUCCUGCUCUCCAAGUCACAGCCCGACCUCCUCCUCGUUUCCCGCGGCAGCGCCACCAACAUCGACCCGCUUGCUGCCGACCAGUCCACCGGCGUCUCCAGCAUCCGCGCCUUCAACAUCUCCGACGCCGCCACCGGUGAGAACCCUUACGACUACCCCUCCGACGGUCUGCUCGUCGGCUGGGGCUUGCGCAACUCGGUCGGCGUGGCCGAGCACCCCGUCACGGGCACCAUCUGGUCCGUCGAGAACUCGGCCGACAACGUCGCCCGCCUCGGGCAGGACAUCCACGAGGACAACCCGGGCGAGGAGCUCAACUACCACGGCCUCCUCAACGACACGUCCUCCCCGCUCCUCGGCGCCAACUACGGCUACCCCUCCUGCUUCGCCCUCUGGAACACGACCGACUUCCCCUCCCAGGGCGACCUCGUCGUGGGCAGCCAGUUCUCCCUCGACAACGACGCGACCAUCAACGACACCUACUGCGCCGAGAGUACCAUCCCGCCGCGCCUCACCUUCGAGGCCCACACCGCCCCGCUCGACAUCGAGUUCCUGCCCGGCAACGGCUCCCGCGCCUUCAUCUCGUUCCACGGCAGCUGGAACCGCGACCGCCCAGCCGGCUACAAGCUGGCCUACGUCCCCUUCACCUCGGCCGGCGAGCCCGCCGACGAGAGCGACAGCCGCGGCGCCGCCCGCAACAUCCUCACCCCGCCCGACGUCACCCAAUGCUCCCGCCGGGGCGCCUGCUUCCGCCCCGUCGGGCUGGCCUUCGACGCCGCCGCCCAGAGGCUGUUCGUCUCGAGCGACGCGACCGGCGAGAUCUGGGUCGUCCUGAGGGACGGCGAGGAGGAGGAGGAGAUUGAAGGGAGGCGGACGGCCACCGAUACCUCCGCGCAGCCGGGGAGCACGUCCUCGGGCGCCGCGAUGCCCGGGGCGGCGCUUCGCGGUGUGGGGCCCGAAGGGUGGGUGGUGGUUGUUGCUGUGACGGCUUGGAUGAUGGUAGUCGGGGGCCUUGGGUUCAUCGUCUGAGAGCGUUGACAACGAGAUGAGGAGGGGGCGAGGAAGGAAUGAUGAGUAUUGGUUGCUUUAAUAUAAGAAUUCCGUUGAUGAGCAGAUUAUAUGUAUUUUGCGGUCAACCGCUUCAUAGGAUCUGCGGUACAGUUUGAUCUUAAGCACACACAC